AUGCUCAUGCACACGCCAUGCACAAAACCGCCGGAGGACGGUGGCGGCGGCGAUGGUCCUGGUCCUUCAGCCGGCGACCCCGGCGCCGCUGAAGGUCCCGUGGGCGCCGGCGGCGAGUCCAUAGAUGGACCUGGGCUCAUGCUGGCACUUGGUGGAGUCGCCGCCGUGGGUGCCAUCGGCGGCGGCGCCAUCGGAGGAGCCGCAAUGGGCGCCGCCGGUGUCAUCGGAGGAGCCGCCAUCGGCGCGACAGUCAUCGGCGGUGGAGCCGUCGCCAUCGGAGGAGCCGCCUUCGGUGCCGCCGGGGUCAUCUUCGGAGGGGACGCCGCCACCGACGGCGGCAUUGUGACGCCGCCGCCGCCAGGCGGCGACGCCAUGGGGGAUUGA